AUGGCCGGCGGGGGCUGCCCGGGCCGCCUGGCGCCGGUGCUGCUGCUCGCCCUGCUCUGGCCGGGCCGCGCCGCGGCGGAGGUGAGUGAGCGCCGGGACGGGGCGGUGGCGCGGGGUCCCGCGGCGGCUGCGGCUGACCUGGGGCAGAGCGGGUUCGGCCCUGCGGUCCCUGCUGUCACUGCGCUGCGUUGGCCGCUGCUGAGGGGACGGGACGGGACGGGGUGCGAUGCUGGCUCCGYACCGCCACCAGCUCGGGAAGCGGCCGCGGAGGCCCGGCCUGCGGGCACAGGGGAUGUGGACGGCGAGGACGGAGCGAUGUUGGGAGUGGAUGGUCCCCGAGGAAAACACCUCCGGAGCGGCACUUACCGUCUGGAUCACCUCUUCACCUUCAUGACAAAAUCAUUUUUCAGAUUGUCUUUCAGCUGGAAGAAGAGCAGUCGGCUCUGGAGGUACCCAGGUCGGUGUAGCUCGCAACGCUUCUGGCAGUUACCAAACAGAAAACUGCCCGUUUCAAACUGUGUAUGCAAAGGUAAAAGUCCCUGCCUUUGUGACAGCGCGAAAGGUAGUAAGGGUGAAAAAGGCUUUCCUGGUGUUCCAGGUCCACCUGGUCAAAGAGGCUUUCCUGGUCCAGAAGGGCCUCCUGGGCCACAGGGACCAAAGGGUUCUCCAGGGCCUAUGGGCUUAGUUGGACCCAAAGGUACACGAGGAAUCCCAGGAAUACCCGGAUUUUCAGGUCCUCCAGGCCUUCCAGGUGAACCAGGAACUGUUGGUCCUCCUGGGCUCCCAGGUGUUCCAGGAUGCAACGGCACAAAGGGUGACCAAGGAUUUCCAGGUCCUCCAGGUCAAAGAGGUCCUCCAGGCUUUCCAGGUAUUGCUGGUAUCAAAGGAGAGAAGGGGUGCCCUGCAGAAGGAUAUAGCCAAGAGUAUGGUGAAAAAGGUGAUCCUGGAUUACCAGGAAUGCCUGGUCUCCAGGGUGCCCAGGGUGCUCAAGGAUAUCCUGGGGAACUUGGACCACAGGGCCCUCCAGGACCUUUAGGCAUGCCAGGGAAAGCAGGACCUCCUGGACCUAAGGGUCUUAUGGGACUGAAAGUAAUAGGAGCCAAAGGAAGAAAGGGUGACACUGGAUUAACUGGACCCCCUGGACCCCCAGGAACUGUUAUUGUGACAUUAAGUGGACCAGACAACAUGACGGACUUGAAAGGAGAAAAAGGAGACAAAGGAUCAAGAGGACUCCCGGGGCCAAUGGGGUUUACAGGUCCAGUUGGUGAUUCUCAAAGUGAAAAGGGUGACCRAGGAGAACCAGGAGCAGAGGGGAAACCUGGAAAAGAAGGUGCCCCAGGACCACCUGGCUUACCGGGACAAAAGGGUGAACAGGGCAAGCCAGGACUGGCUGGAAGACAAGGAGCUAAGGGGAUGAAAGGAAAUACUGGUCCACCUGGAGCCCGUGGUCGAACGGAGUAUUAUGAUUAUGUGGCUGGUGAAAAAGGRGAUGAAGGACCCCCCGGACCUCCAGGACCAAAAGGUCAACGUGGCAUGCCUGGGCCACAGGGUCCUCCUGGAGCUGCUGGUAGGCCAGGUGUGUCAAGACCUGGUCUGAGAGGUCCCCCAGGAUUUCCUGGGCCAAAAGGAACAAAGGGCGAGAAAGGACAAACUGGCUUGUGUAUUGUAGGCCCUCCAGGACUGCCUGGUAUURCUGGCAGGCCUGGUUCUGUUGGAUUACCAGGUCCUCCAGGAGAACCAGGUAGAGUAACAUUUGGAACAAGCCUACCAGGSCUUCCUGGAGAGCCAGGGUGUAUAGGACCUCCGGGACCUCCAGGAGAUACUGGCAUGAAAGGUGAUGAUGCUCCUGUGUGUACUGAUUGCAGCUAUAUUCCGGGAAUACCUGGUCUUCCUGGUUCUCCUGGGCCUCGUGGUCAGGAUGGCAUGCCUGGUAGUGAAGGAGCAACAGGUCCAAAAGGUUCUCCGGGUUCUCCAGGAGCACCAGGGUUCCCAGGGACUCAAGGACCUCCAGGUUUUAGAGGAGAUCAAGGACGUAAAGGAUCAAAAGGUGAUCCAGGAUAUGUAUAUCCAGAAGGGCCAAAAGGUGAGCAAGGAGAUCCAGGAGUCAGCGGAGACAAAGGAAGAAGAGGUUCAAGUGGAUUUUUGGGAAGACCUGGCUCUAAAGGAUCCAAGGGUUCUAAAGGUGAAGAGGGAUUGGCUGGACCAAAAGGAGAUAGAGGGUUACCUGGAUUGCCUGGUAGACCUGGUCUUCCUGGAGAAAUYGGCCUUCCUGGACCACCAGGGUAUGGACCACAAGGAAUAAGAGGUUUUAAAGGCUCUAAAGGAAUACCUGGACUACCUGGAUUACCUGGAGAAGCUGGCCUGAAAGGAGAGACCAGUAGGGCAGCUCCUUUACCUGCAUUGCCAGGACCUCAAGGACCACAUGGUUUACCUGGACCCCCAGGAGCACCUGGUAGGGUUGGAGCAAGAGGUCAGCCAGGUGACCCAGGACAUUCAGGACCAACAGGUGACACAGGCUUUCCAGGGCUUGGGUUUCCUGGAAACCCUGGUCCAAAAGGAGAUAAAGGACUUGCAGGAGGCAGAGGGCCACCAGGUUUUGAAGGAAAGACUGGAGAUCCAGGCCGAGCAGGAAACCUAGGACAACCAGGACAAAAGGGUGACCCAGGCAUGGUUAUUCCUGGAGAGCCAGGAAGAAUGGGUUCACCAGGAGGUCAUGGCAGUCCAGGCUCAAAAGGUGAAGGUGGCCUUCCAGGACUACCAGGCCUACCAGGACAUCCUGGACAUGAUGGUGAUGAUGGCCUAAGAGGAGAUCGUGGCUCACCKGGAGUUCCUGGAGACCCAGGUUUUCCAGGGAAACCUGCUGAGUGUCUUAUUGGCCUGCCAGGUUUGCCAGGUGGCCAGGGAGCUACAGGCCCACCAGGAGGAAGAGGUUUACAAGGUUCAAAAGGAAACCCAGGUCCUCCUGGUUUGAGUGUCCCAGGAAUCUAUGGAAGGCCUGGGGAACCUGGAUUGAUAGGUCUUCAGGGAAAUAUGGGAUUACCUGGUCCCAAGGGACAGUCUGGAAGGCCAGGAAUCUCUGGUUUGCCAGGCUCAAGAGGAGACCCAGGUAUAACGGGACUGUUAGGAAUUCCUGGACCCCCUGGCAUGGCUGGAAGACCGGGCAACCCGGGUAUCAGAGGUUCUCCUGGAUUCCCAGGAAUAAAGGGAAGAAAAGGGUUUCUAGGAGAAAAAGGCGACCCGGGUGAUAAAGGAUUUCCUGGACCAUCUGAAACCUUGGUUGCUAUUGGGGACAAAGGAGAACGAGGUUUGAAAGGAGUUCAAGGCCAAAUGGGUCUGAGGGGAGAAAAAGGAGAUGUYGGUGUGCAAGGUCCCCCAGGUGCUGAUGGGUCUGAAGGAAUGCCUGGUGUACCAGGGGUCAAAGGAUUUAUGGGUCUUCCAGGGAUUCCUGGCAGACAAGGAUUCCCAGGAGCACAUGGAGACAAAGGGAACAUGGGAAUGCCAGGUCCAAAAGGCCAGAAAGGAGCUCCAGGCUUUCCAGGACCAGCAGGUGACCCUGGUCCUCCAGGCUAUGCUGGCUUUCCGGGUGACAAAGGAGAUCCUGGGUACCCAUCUGCUGGGCCUCCAGGAGAACCCGGUCCAAAGGGAGAUCCAGGCCCCCCAGGAGGUUUUGGCAGCAAAGGGGAAAGAGGAUCACAGGGUCAUCCAGGACUUACAGGAGUGCCAGGACCACAUGGGAUCAGAGGGGAAACUGGAGGUGCAGGAAUUCCAGGAAAGUGUGGACCCCCUGGAGCUAUUGGUGUUAAAGGAUGYCAGGGUCGCCCAGGACAGCAGGGAGUCCCAGGCCCUCCUGGUGCUGUUGGAGUCCCUGGAAAACAUGGACUUACUGGUGAAAGAGGUACUCAAGGUCAAGAUGGUAUGCCUGGUCCCCCAGGAGUAAAGGGAGAACCAGGACCACCAGGGAGGGGGAUCCCUGGCCUUCGAGGUGUUCCUGGCCGUAGAGGAAUCAAAGGGGACAUGGGACUGCCUGGUUUUCCUGGGCCUCCAGGUGUGAAAGGUCAACAAGGUGAUCGAGGACCCAUUGGACCUCCUGGCUUAAUGGGGUUACCUGGAUUUCAAGGCACCACAGGCAUGGCAGUCACUGGCCAGAAAGGAAGCAGAGGUAGUCCAGGUGCACAUGGAAGACCAGGUGCUCCGGGUUUUCCAGGACUUCCUGGUCUUUCCACUCCCAGCGUGAAAGGAAGCAAAGGUGUCAGAGGGGCAGAUGGCAUUCCAGGGCCAAGGGGCCCAGCUGGUGACAUUGGUCCUCCUGGUCCCAAAGGAAUAGAAGGUCGAUCAGGCUAUCCUGGUGCUAGAGGGGAACCUGGAUUUCUUGGAUUCCCAGGUGUAAAAGGAGAAAAGGGUAAUCAAGGACCCCCUGGACCACAAGGUGCAGAAGGGCCACGGGGACCAAAGGGCCAGCAUGGUUYACCUGGAGUCUCUGGGAAAAUAUUCUCCAUCCCAGGAAGCAAGGGUCCUCCAGGACUGCCUGGAAUCSCUGGAACACCAGGUGAUCAAGGAAUUCAAGGGAUUCCUGGACCACAAGGACCCAAAGGAGUAAAAGGUCUACCAGGAAGUUUUGGUCAUCCAGGUCAUCCAGGACUGCCUGGACCAAAAGGAGACAGGGGAUUUCCAGGACYAAGAGGACAACCUGGACUGAUUGGCUUUCCAGGUCUGCAGGGGUUACCUGGAUCACCAGGUACUAUCAUUGCUGGUCCCACAAGAAGAGGAUUUAUCUUUACCCGGCAUAGUCARACAACAAGGAUUCCUUCAUGCCCACACGGGACAUCCCAGAUCUAUAUUGGCUAUUCACUGCUUUUUGUACAAGGAAAUGAACGAGCACAUGGACAAGAUCUUGGAACAGCUGGUAGCUGCUUGCAGAGAUUCACCACCAUGCCAUUCUUGUUCUGUAGCACCAACGAUGUUUGUAGCUUUGCUUCUCGCAAUGACUACUCAUACUGGCUGUCCACUGCAGUGGUGAUGCCACCAGACAUGGCACCCAUUUCUGGCAGGGCACURGAGCCCCAUAUAAGCAGGUGUGUUGUCUGUGAAGGAGCUGCAAUGGUAAUAGCAGUUCACAGCCAAACAACUGUAGUUCCUGCRUGUCCAGAUGGCUGGAUGUCUCUCUGGAAGGGUUUUUCUUUUGUUAUGUACACAAGUGCGGGCUCAGAAGCUUCUGGCCAAGCAUUGGCAUCUCCUGGAUCUUGCCUGGAAGAAUUUCGGGCCGUCCCAUUCAUAGAGUGCCAUGGCAGGGGGACGUGCAACUACUACACAAAUUCCUACAGCUUCUGGUUGGCAUCAUUAAAUCCAAGAAGAAUGUUCAGGAGACCUGUGCCACAGACUUUAAAAGCAGGAGAACUAGAAAAUAUCAUCAGUCGUUGUCAGGUCUGCAUGAAGAGACCAGUAUAAACUCUUCACAGAAUAUGAAACUCUGCUUUWAUUACAAAGAAUUGCCUAACUCUGAAGAGCUAUAAUUUAUUAAAGUCCAGCUGCAUCUGGAAAGAAAAUUGUAAAUUGCCAGUGCAGCRCUGUGGUGAGGUAGGGCAACAGUUUGACUUUUGUCUUUGGCAAAUGACAAAGCACUUUGUAGGAGGAAGCUUAUAAUGGCAUCUGCAGGGGCUUCUGCCGAAUAUUGUCAUUUCUGAGCUGCACCUUCACCAUAAAACUAYAGCAUCACCAGAUCUUUAAUGAAAGAUGUUAAUGCUGCCUUGUGUCAUGUGCUUUUCAAACGGCAAAACAAACUAAAUGCUCCUGUAUCAGCUUACAUAUGUUCAGUGUUCCAAGUGGAUAUCAUUUAAGAUGACUAUCUGGCACUUAGGAGAGAUAGGGUUCAAUAGGAAAUCUUUUCAGUGCACUUUUAACUAUWUAAUGAUUCAUUGAGAGUUGUUUUGGUUUGGUUUUCUUGUCUAAUAAACAAGUAUCUCCCCACUUACCUCACCCUUCCUCUGGCUGGCAAACAGGAGUACACUGGUUUUUUUAUCACUGUGAUGAUAAUGGUGCUUGACUAGCCAGAAAGGGAGCCACAGCAGAUACAGGACAGUGGUGACAUGCACUAGCUGUGUUCUUCAGAGUGACUGUGGUAAGGGCUGACUAAUUGCAAGUGUUGGAAAGUUUUCAUUAGAUUCCAUGGCUUUUGACACAGAUCAUGCGAUCUUUGAAUUUCUUCAAAGUUGUCAGUAUUGGGCCUUUAUUAUGAUCACAUGCUUUUAUGUCUCCUGAAGAAAAACUAUUUACCAUAUCAUAAUUUAGGAUUUUGUUAGAAUUAACAAUUACGCUCAAGGGCUCCCAUGGCAUUAUCAGGUUAUCAUUCAUCAGGAUGAUGAAUGCCAUCAUCAGGAUGGCAUUCAUCAGGAUGUGAUUCCUAACAAAAUCUAGCAUAUUUCCAUUUUACAGUAUUUCAUAUUUAAAUAUUUAUCACAAACUGUAUUCUGUAUUUAAAUAUUUAGCACACAUAUCUGCAAAUGAAACCAUUUAUUCCAUCCAGUUAAAUGUAUACAUCCAGAAUUUUUAARAAGACCAAUAUUUAAAUUGUACCAUCUAAGCACUGACUUAUACAAGAGAAUCCRACUGUAAAUGAACAUACUUGAAAAGCACUUUCAUUUGCUCAUAUAAAUUAUAUGAAAUUGUAGCUCUGAGGUUUUUGUUUUUAAUAUUUAUAACRUUGCACUUGCAAGGCUAUUUAAAAUUGUAAUGUUGACAUUUAAAAUGUUAAUAUUUUUUAAUACUUGCACAAUCUAUCAGAAUUCCAGUAUUUAGUGUUACAGAAGAAGCCUAAUUCAUCUAAAUAGUUCUGUAAAUGCACCAUUUUAAAUGUAGGUUCUAGCAAUUAAGUGAAAUAACCAGGAUUUCUAUUUAGAUGUUUUUUUAAGCCAGURAAAUUUUAUAUUGUUUCCGUUUAAAUACUUGCAUUGUGUUUGUUUGACUGUUUGAAUUUUCAGUGUUAACCUAACUAAGAAAAGGUUUUGUCUSUGUUCCAUGCCAGUAUCUUAUGAUGGAGCUAACGUGAAGAUAUUAUUUACAUGAACUGAAUGGAUAUUUUAAAAUUGUUUCCUUGAACAGUCAUAGUACUUCUGUUUGCAAGGUAUAAUUGUGAACAUACAGGGUUUUAUGAAGAAUUUAUUUGCAGAUGCACUACUGAUAAGAAGGUAUURAUGUCAAGUUAAUAUUUAGUCUUUAAUUUGAAUCAAACCUGGGGUUGAGGUUGUUUUCCUUAAAACAAUCAUGUACUAGACUUCUCCAUAAACUCUGAAGUUUGCUUUAAAUACUCAAAGAUCACACAUGYUGCCUGGUAGGUUGUUGGGGAGUUAGUGAUUUCUUUUUUUUCAUUAAGGCUCAUUGAAGUCAUCCAAAGGCAUUAUAUACAAUAUAGAAUCCAUGACUGUGGAGACUCUCACAUAAAACUUGCUAAUAAAAUGCAAAUGUGAAUACCUGAACUUGGAGUCUGCCUGAAACAUCCAAUAGAGGAUAAUGUGUAAGGAGAAGGGAAUGGAUUGUGGCUUUAGAGUCCAAAGGUAAGUUACAGAGAGUUAUGUCUCAUAGUAUAGCAUAUAACUGGAAGUUGUGCCUUUGUUCCCAGUUUUGGAUUCCACUGCUCAYUUUUUGUGUGGCCUUCAACAAGUUACUAAAGAAAGAUGUUGAUAAGUAGCUUUAGAUUUUGAGUGCUCAAACUCAGUCUUUCUUUCAAAAGUAUGCAAUACAACUGCAGGGACACAUGUUUGUCAAGCCUGGCAUAAUACAAGCUAGACACUGGAAAUCAAAGAAGUACUUGCAAGAAGUUGAUGUUAAUGUCUCACUGCAGCUGCAGAUCACUUURCUUCCCUACUGCUAAGGAUUGUUGUGAGGAUUAGUUAACUGAUGUCUGUAAAUGCUUUGGGAKCCUUAACUGGAAAGUGCUGAUGAGGUGCAAGGUGUUAAUAUAUUGUACUGAAAGAAUGGAUGAAUGAGAAAUCGGGAAUACUGRGCAAACACUGGGGGCUGUAUUCUGCUAAUACAGCUAAAUAAAAAUAUUUUGA